AGCAGAAGCAGGCGGUGGGAGGUGUUGGGCGUCGUUGGGCGGUGUUGGGCGUUGCUGGGCGGUCGCGUGGUGCCGACGCGCGCCGACGACAGAAGCGUUCCUCUCGCGCCGCGGUCUGCGCGCGCGCACCGCCUGAUUAACGCGCGGGAAAACUUGAUUUAUAACGUCGCGUUGAAAAAAUAAAUCGACGGGCGACCGGGACACGUGAUGGAGGGCCAGGAGUGGCGGGACGAGUGGCACCAGCCACGUCUCAUGGAUGGUGGUUUAUCAAGUAAUCACUGUCCACGCGCAGUAUUCCUUCAGCAGUCCAUCGCGGAGCGCGUCGGACGAGACCCUGAACAGAUACCGACUCUACCUCUACACCACACAAUUGGAGACAAUGCGGUAUGCGGUCGCAGCACAUACUCACCACUGCAGGCGCUCAGCGAGAGCACAUGUCGUGAUCACGCUGCGCAGCCCGCGCCCCAACACCCGCCCAUACAGCAGCCUCCACGGCUACAGGUGACAUCACAGAAUGUGACCCUGCACCCGGCGGUCGCGCGCUGCUCUGCGACCCUUGAGCUAGCGGCUCUCUGGCGCAGCUUCCACGAGCUGGGCACGGAGAUGAUAGUGACGAAGGCCGGCCGCCGCAUGUUCCCGGCGCUACAGGCGCGCCUCGCGGGACUCCUUCCCACAGCCGACUACCUGUUGCUGGUUGACUUCGUGCCACUUGAUGAUAAGAGAUACAGAUACGCCUUCCACAGCUCGAGCUGGGUGGUGGCGGGCAAGGCGGACCCUGUGUCUCCGCCGCGCAUCCACGUGCACCCUGACUCACCAGCUGCUGGCGCACACUGGAUGCGUCAGCUCGUCUCCUUCGACAAACUCAAGCUCACCAACAAUCAGCUCGACGACAACGGACAUAUAAUCCUGAACUCGAUGCACCGCUACCAGCCGCGCCUGCACGUGGUGUACUUGCCGGCAGAGGGCGCGCGGCCCGCCUCCGCCUCCGCCUCCGCCUCCGCCACCUCCCCCUCCACAGUCCCAUACCGCACGUUCGUCUUCCCGGAGACAGGCUUCACCGCUGUUACCGCCUACCAGAACCACCGGAUAACACAAUUGAAAAUAGCAAGCAAUCCUUUCGCUAAAGGAUUCAGAGACUGUGAUCCUGACGACUGCCCACCGGAACAAAGCCAGCAGAGAGCGGUGACGCGACGGCGCGAGGCGGCUGCUCCUGAGCCCUGCCCCGCGCUGGCGCAGCCAUACGCCGCUGAGCCUAGCGCGUGCGGACCUCUCUAUGCGCACGCGCAUACCGUGCGAUAUCAACCACACGCGGGACCAAACACAACAUACAGCGCAUACUAUGCCCACAGAUAGUGCGUAUACCAAAGGAGUUUGUGAUAUAGUAUAUUUAUAUAAAAUAUCAACCAGUAGGUAUUGUAAGGAAGGUUGUAGAAAAAGAGUGAGAGGAUCCGUUUAGAUGUAAAGAAAUUCAACACGGAGUGAUAGAAAGAAAUACGAAUUUCCAUACGUAGAAACUUUUUGUCAUAUUCACGUAUUGCGACAAAUUUAUCUAACCUGGUGAAACUAAAGCUCUUAGACGCCCUCUAUCAAAACUGUGCCUCAAGAUCCAUGACAGAAACUGUUAUAUCUGUCAUUUAUAUGCCUAAUUGUCGCAUUCAGAGGCUCGCAUGGUAACUACGAGAGUCUACAUUUUCUGCCAGAAUUAAACUCGCUGUCAGUACGUCUCUUAGCGGGCAGAUAACUUUGUGGAAUUAAACGCAUAAUUGGAAAUCGUAUAAAGCAGUGACUUCAUCUUGGACAGUUAAGUACAGAAAGAUAAAAAAUACGUCGAUUUUUUAAUGUAAAAUCGCGGUAAUUUUGUCUCCGUGUUCAUUGACCACGAUGUGUAAAAACACAACGAAUUAGAAAGUAUUUCAUCGAAAAUUAAAACGAUAUAUGAAGUUACCAACUUAUCUUCUCUCUCGCUCUACUAUCAAUGACGUCACUAUGACGACACAAAUGUAUUAGUUUCUAUUA